AGUACUUGUAUAUGCCCUCGAAUUCAUUUAUUGCAUAUUUUACUGUUGAUACUUGAAAUAUCAUACCAACAUGCCCGAGCUAGCAGAGAUCCACCGCAUUGUGCAUUUUAUUCGUGAGCAUCUGGUUGGGAAAACGCUGUCCAAAGUACAAGCACAACAUGAUGAUAUUGUAUUUGGCAAAGUUGGCACUAGUGCCGCCGAAUUUCAAAAGGCAAUGCAAGGAAAGAAGAUCGUGGGAGCAGGCCAACAGGGAAAAUAUUUCUGGAUCACAAUGUCUUCACCACCACACGCUGUGAUGCACUUUGGAAUGGCUGGUUGGAUGAAGAUCAAGGAUGCCGACACAUAUUACUAUCGAACCGACAAGCCUGCAGACCAGGAGUGGCCCCCCAAAUAUUGGAAGUUUCUGCUGGAGACAAGUGAUGAGCCGAAAACAGAGGCGGCAUUUGUGGAUGCCCGCAGGCUUGGUCGCAUUAGACUGGUGGAUUGCCCCGCUGAUGAGAUCCGAAACCAUACUCCGCUCAAGGAAAAUGGGCCUGAUCCAGUCACCGAUAAAGACACCGUGGAUGAAGCAUGGUUGACAGAGAAGCUGGGAAAGAAGAAAGUGCCAAUCAAGGCUCUUCUGCUCGACCAGGCGAAUAUCAGUGGAAUCGGAAAUUGGAUGGGCGAUGAGAUCCUCUAUCAUGCCAAGAUACACCCAGAACAAUACAGCAACACUUUGAAUGGCGAUCAGAUCAAGGCGCUACACUCUGCCAUUCAUUAUGUCUGCUCUACAUCAAUUGGUGUACUGGCAGACUCAGAAAAGUUUCCCGAGCACUGGCUUUUCAAGCACCGCUGGGGCAAGGGGAAGAAGAACCAGCCCACCGCCCUACCCAAUGGGGAUAAAAUCACUUUCCUUACCGUUGGAGGUCGAACAAGUGCCGUUGUUCCAGCUGUCCAGAAGAAGACUGGUCCUGUCGCCAAAGAUAUUGAAGAAGACGUUGCAAAAUCUACACCAGCUAAUUCGAAACGGAAACUUGUGGCCCUGAAGAAAGAAAGCGACUCCGAAGCGGAAGAAACGACACAGACAAAGAAGCGAGGAGCGCCAAAAGAAAAGAAACCAACUGUAAAGAGUGAGUACUUUGAAGAGGAGAAGGCAAAGCCCGCCGUUGUUGGCAGAAGACGUUCUACGCGUACAUCUAAGUGA